AUGAAAACAAAGAAAAUAUUUCCUUCUAACACUCAAAUUUAAAACUCUGUUAUUUAAUACGAAUAGGAUAAUACUACUGUUCUCAGAAUGCCUUAAUCUGCAUUUUCUAAACCACAACUCUCUCUAGUUCCAAGUGAGGCCUGUCAAAAUUACUACUAAAUUAUCGAAAAAAAUAAAUUAUAAUAUCUUGAAUACUACAGCCAAUUCAAUGAAAUGAGAUUCAUGGAAAACAUGGCAGGUUUUUAGAAUUAAUAACUUAAGGAUUAAAAUCGAAAUAUGAAAAAUAAGUCCUUUUAGAAAAUUUUCUCAAUAUGUUUGAUGAUAUGAUCUCUUGUCUCAUGGCGAUCUAAAACACUUUACUUCUCAUAAACUUUGAUAAUCCUGACUUUUCAUAGGUUUACAGCGUUCCUCCAAAUAUCAUGGUUGAUAUCCUAAUUAAAGACAUUAAAGUAAGUUUCAUACAAAAAAUUUGUAGACAUUAGAAGGGUUACAUUUGGAGAUGCAAUAUGCUUCGUCUCUUAGAUUCUUAGAAACAGUAUUAGAGGCUCUGGAAUUUAAUUCAUAGCUCCAUUCAAAAAUCUAUCAAUUAGAUGUAAAAUAAUGGUCUCAACAAUGUAAUAAUUAUCUCAAUAGUUUUGCGACUGCACAAUAACAAAUUAAUAAUUCUUAACGAUAUUGUUGUUGUUUUAAAUGA